GCUGAAGCUACGCCAGCGCCGCUGUAUAAAACAGCGGUGACAUCUGGUACCAAAGUCGCGCGAUGAGGGUCUGUCUUGUUCUCUGCCUUGCAGCCGUGGCCGUGGCGGCAGCAGCGGCAGGGUACAGCCCCCGGCACAAGGGCGGUUGGUGUCCAGCGGACUGCGCACACAACUGCACGAUGGAGUGCCUCAAUUGCAAGUGCCCCGGCGAGUGCUCACUGGAGAUGAACCGCGUGGUCGCUUGGUGCGACGCCGGAUGGGCUCACGAUCUCAAGGUGCUGCGCGAGUUCGUCAACUGUUGCGGCUGGCAGCGGGAAGUCUGCCUGUACGGGAGGGAGUGCGAAGGUGUACACCAUGUGAUGAGCAAGCAUUAUUGAGCCACCAAUGGGGUGCCAAGAAAGGUCAUCCAGUUUGUAAUCACUGUUCCAUAAUCAUAAAAUGAAGCAAUAAACAGAGAUAUCUGAAA